CGGGGCCGUUCCCGGCGGCGGGGCCGUUCCCGGCGGCGGGGCCGUUCCCAGCCGCGCUGCCUCCCCCGUCCGCCCGCGCCGGGCGCGGGGCAUGGCCAGACUCACCGAGGGCGAGGCGAGGAGGCAGCCGCCGCCGCUCCCGCCAGCGCCGCAACCGCCGCGCCCGCCGCGCCGAGCCUCCCCCAUGAGCAGCAGCGGCGGCGCGGAGCCCCCCGCGCAGCCCGACAGCAUGAAGGAUCUGGAUGCCAUCAAGCUCUUCGUGGGGCAGAUCCCGCGCAACCUGGAGGAGAAGGACCUCAAGCCGCUCUUCGAGCAGUUCGGCAAGAUCUACGAGCUCACCGUGCUCAAGGACCGCUACACCGGCAUGCACAAGGGUUGUGCGUUCCUCACAUACUGUGCCAGAGAUUCUGCCAUCAAAGCCCAGACAGCACUGCACGAACAGAAGACUUUGCCAGGGAUGGCGCGCCCGAUUCAAGUGAAACCUGCAGACAGCGAGAGCCGUGGAGGUAGGGACAGGAAGCUCUUUGUGGGCAUGUUAAAUAAGCAACAGUCUGAGGAUGAUGUGCUCCGUCUCUUUGAACCAUUUGGGGUCAUUGAUGAAUGUACGGUGCUCCGUGGACCUGAUGGUAACAGCAAAGGCUGUGCUUUUGUAAAGUUCUCAUCUCACACAGAGGCUCAGGCAGCAAUCCACGCACUCCAUGGCAGCCAGACAAUGCCCGGCGCCUCCUCCAGUCUAGUGGUGAAGUUUGCUGACACAGAUAAGGAGAGGACCCUCCGUCGUAUGCAACAAAUGGUGGGGCAGCUGGGGAUAUUCACUCCAUCUCUCACCUUGCCGUUCAGCCCAUACAGCGCCUAUGCGCAGGCUCUGAUGCAGCAGCAGACGACAGUUCUCUCCACCUCCCACGGCAGCUACCUGAGCCCAGGUGUCACCUUUUCUCCUUGCCACAUCCAACAGAUGGGUGCCGUCAGUCUCAACGGGCUGCCAGCCACUCCUAUUGCACCAACAUCAGGGCUACAUUCACCACCCCUCCUGGGAACAGCAGCCAUGCCGGGACUAGUGGCACCCAUUUCCAAUGGAUUCACUGGAGUAGUACCGUUCCCAAAUGGGCAUCCAACCUUGGAAACAGUUUACACCAAUGGCCUUGUGCCAUACUCAGCCCAGAGCCCUUCAGUAGCAGAGACUUUGCACCCAGCCUUCACAGGAGUUCAGCAGUAUGCAGCUGUGUAUCCAACCACUACCAUCACCCCCGUUGCUCAGAGCAUCCCUCAGCCACCUCCCAUCCUGCAGCAGCAGCAACGAGAAGUGGCUCGCAGGACCAAACUUUUCCAUUCAGAGACUGACUCCUUGCAAGAAGGAUUGGAAGUUAAGUGUUUACCUUUGCAACAGUGUCUUCUCAGCAAGCACUGCAGAUAGGCCUGAACAUUUUGAGAGGAUGCUUGGAUGGACAGAAAGCAAGAGAGAGAGAGCACAUCUCUCUGCUCAACAUUAGCAAGAAGCAAGGAGAAAGAGAACUACAUACCUCCAGGAUUAGGGCACAGCCAGCUCCUCUGCUCAAGUCACUCAUCCACCGACCUUAGCACCAGCCUUGUUAAGGAUCUCAAGAGCUCUGAGUCUUACCUUUCCAAGGGCUUCUUCAGACAAAGCUCCUGGAAUUUGGUGCCAAAGCCUAUCCUGAGCACUCCUCGAUUAGGCUGCAAGCACAGGAAAUCAGUCCCUUUACGUACAGGAACUGUAUUGCCUCCCCACACGUGGCACAGAUCUAUAUUUCAUAGCUCUCCAUGGUAACAGAGCAUUUUCUCGAUCAAGGCAAGAGAAGAUGAAAGAAUAUGAGCAGAUGCAAUCUCCAAAACACAGUGACAGAAGCCUCCCAGGGGCUACACACUGCCUCCCCAUGUCGGAAGUAACCAAAUGCUGGUUAGUAGGCACUUCCAAUUCCCAGACAAAAUGGGACAUCUUCUCCAUCAGAAUUUAGAGACAACUCUCCUCUCACGCCCUCUUCAAAGCUCUUCCAAGCAGACACAAGGAUAGUAUGAUGGAAGAGGGUUGCCAUUCUGUUUUUUUCCCUACCACCCCCUCCAAAGGACAGAUGAUACAUUAUGCAGUAUAUAUAAAUACAGCUAUAUACACAUGCACUUAAGCACAGAACAGUUCAGAGCUUGAUUUAACAAAGAUCCCCUGGGGUGGGGGUGUCAUACAGACAAGGCAUAUCCCUUUAACAACUUGAAACAGUCUCUUUAAAUUUCUACCAAAAUAAAGGAAAGAAAAACAAAAUGAACCAACCCCAUAAACCUUCUGAAUUAUUAGUUUCAAUAUUCUGGAGUUUGAUAAGGUACCGAGAACAUUCCCCUUUGUGUGUGUGCGUGUGUGUGCGUGUGAACGUUCAAACAUGAACAGAGGGUUGGUGGAGAAAGGUUGAUGCAGUUGAUCUGAAGCAAGAUAUGGGACUUCAGAGAACCUCAGUCAAUUCUCAUCCUCCUCCAUUUCCCUUUGCUCAGAUGUUUGUGGCACAGUUCUUUAGUACCUUCACAUCUCCUCAACCAUCCCUCUGUAUCUGAUGCCGAGUUUGAGAUGGAUGAAGCUGUGUGAGUCAGUGUGUUUCUAUAGUCCAUGUUUACUUAUUGUAAAUACCAUUUUUAUACUUAACAUCUAUUAUGUACGUGAUUUGUAUAAUGUACUUUAUUUCUGCUACAAGUAAUUUCAUGAAGUUUAAACUUAAUCUAAUUUUGAACAAAACAGAAAAACAAACAAAAAAAAAGCAAAAUGGGAAAAAAAGGACUUUGGAAAGUCUAAGUCAAGCUGGUUUAAAACAAGCAUUUACAGUUUCUUCCAUCACAGUUACUGAUGUGACGUACAAUGUUACAGGUGCGAUACAAGCUUCGUCAAUGUCAAAUUCCUCACUCUGGUAAAAAAAAAAAAAUCUUAAAUUUAUUUAAUAAAAGUUUUACUUGCUAAGUAA